AUGGCGGCUCCCUUGCUGGAGAAACUGUCGGAGUCCUUAGGUUCCCCGGAGCCAGCAGUACGACUCAUAUUAUCAAUAUUAAUCGGCUAUCCCUUUGCACUGGUGUACCGGAGCUUCCUGUUCCACCAGCCGGCCUCAGUCAUCCACUUGUUCCACACCUUCUCUGGAUUGGCAUUAGCUGCAUUCAACUUUGGUCCUCAGCUCUAUCACUCGGCAGUAUGCAUCUUUGUCCAGUUCCUGAUGUUGAGGCUCAUGGGAAGGACGGUAACGUCUGUCCUGAGCAGUUUUACCUUUCAAAUGCUGUACCUGCUGGCAGGGUAUUACUACACAGCGACAGAGGAGUACGACAUCAAGUGGACCAUGCCUCAUUGUGUCCUCACACUCAAACUUAUUGGUUUGGCGUUUGAUUACUACGAUGGCGGGAAGGAACCAUCCCAGCUGAAUUCAGAGCAGAAGGUGAGCGCUCUGCCGUCCGUGCCCUCGCUGCUGGAGGUGUAUGGCUUCUCCUACUUCUACGGGGGCUUCCUGGUGGGUCCCCAGUUUACGCUGCGCAGCUACCAGAAGCUGGUGGCAGGGGAGCUCACCGACUGCCCCGGAAAGCCUCCCAACAGUGUUGUUCCGGCUAUGAAGAGGUUUGCUCUGGGUUUUCUGUGCUUGGUGAUUUAUGCAAUAUUUGGUCCAUCUUAUCCAGACAGCUACUACUUAACAGACGAGUACGAGGCUCAGCCGUUCUGGUAUCGCUGCGUGUUUAUCCUGCUGUGGGGCAAAGAGGGUGUAUGUAUAUUAACUGGACUAGGGUACAACGGCGUAGUGGAGGGGAAGCACCGAUGGGAUGCCUGUGCCAACAUGAAGGUGUGGCUCUUUGAGACUACCCCCCUUUUCGGAGGAACCAUCUCUUCUUUCAACAUCAACACGAAUGCCUGGGCUGCCAGACACGUGUUCAAGCGGUUGAAGUUCCUUGGCAAUAAGACCAUGUCUCAUGUGACCACGCUCCUUUUUUUGACCGUUUGGCACGGCCUGCACUCCGGAUACAUCUUGUGCUUCUCCAUGGAGUUCUUGAUCAUCAUUGUGGAGAGACAGGCCCUGGCUCUCGUACGGGACAGUCCCCUGCUGACAAACCUAGCCAACAGCCACCUCUACCCCCUCAUUUAUGUAGUUCAGCAGUUUUUCCACUGGCUCUUCAUGGGGUAUCCUCUAGUGCCAUUCUGUCUCUUCACCUAUGACAAAUGGCUUAAGGUGUAUUAUUCCGUCUAUUUCUGCGGCCAUGUGUUCUUCAUUGUGGCCUAUUUAAUCCUGCCGUACCUCCGUAAGGUGCUGGUGCCUAAAAAAGAACGCAGCGAGAAAAAACAGGACUAA